GCAGUAGAUCCAGCCUGUCUCCUCUCAGGACCCGUCCGCUAGCAAGACCCAUAAUUCCCCGCGCCAGGACAAGAUGGAAGAAAGCAGCGGCCGCAAGAGAACAAUGUUUUGGCUAUAAAGCCUAAAAGGAACGAACAAGGGAAGAAAAUACGCACCAUUAAAGCCAGUCGCGGUCAUGUGUAGGAUGUCCACUCCUAGCCCUAUCUAGUGUUUCCCCACCUACACGCAACCAUCAUGAGUAUUAUCCAAGACAAACUAGGCAACGAGUUUCUGCACAGCAACGGGGGCAUGGACCCUAACUUUGCCCCCGGCAUGCUCAUGUUCAGCCACCUGCCGCCAGUCACCAGCUUCACCCGCCUGGCCCAGCAGUCGGUCAUGGGCGGCGAACUGCCCCAAGAGAUGGUCCUGAAGAAGGAGCGCGACUCCCCUCCUGACGCCCACGCCGGCGUCUUCCUGCACGGCAUGGGCAUCAAGCAGGAGCGGAUGAGCGAGCUGGACUACCGUAUGCCCCUCUACGGCGGAGGGCUGGGGGGCAGCUGCGGCACCGGGGCCGUGGGGAAGAGUAACGAGAUGCUGGAGAUGCAGUUCAGCGGAGGCCACCACCACAACCACCACAACAUGCUGCUGCACGACCUGAGCCUCAGCAACGUCCGCAUGGGAGAGCCGAUGUCAGGAAGACCAGAGAAAGGCCCCAAGGAUUCCUCGGGGCGACGACGGAAGAGCAACGGUGAAGGGGAGGGGAAAGCCAGAAGGAAACGCGGAGAACCAAAGGCCAUGAUGCUGGACGGCGAAGUGGCCGGCCUGUCUCCCAACUCCAAACCACACAUCUGCGAGCACUGUAACGCAGCCUUCCGCAGCUCCUACCACCUCCGCAGACACAUGCUCAUCCACACAGAUCGCACAGGUGAGAGGCCUUUCCGGUGUAGUCAGUGUAACAUGAGCUUUAUCCAGAAGUACCUGCUGCAGCGGCACGAGAAGAUCCACAGUGGAGAGAAGCCCUUCAGCUGUGAUCAGUGUAACAUGUGCUUUAUCCAGAAGUACCACAUGGAGCGACACAAGAGAACCCACAGCGGAGAGAAGCCAUACCGAUGUGACACCUGCCAACAGUUUUUCUCGAGGACAGACCGGUUACUGAAGCACAAGCGGACCUGUGGAGAAGCCAUAAAAAAGGGCCUGGACCCCAACAUGCUGGAGCUCACUGACGGGGACAUGGGCCAGGGCAGCUACUCGCUCACUCAGGGAAACUCCGGCGCCACCUCAGGACGCAAGAGGGGCAAGUCCAAAACCGCGGGCGAGGGUGGCGAGACCAAGCGCAAGAAGGCCGGCGCCGCCGCCUCCUCUGGUGGUCCACAAGACUACGGCAUGGAGUGCACCGGGCCCGACGCGCAGGGCAGCCGUGCGCCCAAGCUGCUGUUCAAGAAGGCCAAGAAGGGCCUCCUCUCCAUGGAGGACGUGGGGCAGAAGCUGAUGUCUCAGAAGCAGGGCUCCAUGGAGCUGCCAGGAAGCUCGGGACUAGACGCCAUGGGCCUCCUCCAGGGCUCCUCCGGCGGGGGCGCCAAGCAGGGCCCGUCGGCCGCCACCGCCAGCAGCAACUACGACGACGCCAUGCAGUUCGUGAAGAAGCGCCGCUACCUCCAGCAUGUGGCCAACAGUGACUACGGGGCGUCCUCCCUCCACAUGAGCCAGCCCCAGGGCGGCGGCGUGAUCCAGGGCUCACUGGGCCAUCACAGCGAGCCCACCCUGGCCAUGUUGGACACGUCGCCCCUGGACCUGAAGCACCACGACAAGUCGGGCAUCCCGGACGAGGUGCUCCAGAGCUUGCUGGACCACUACAGCCACAAGUCGGACAGCUCGCACCACCACCACCAGCAGCAGCAUCAGCACCAUCACCACGACGUGACCUUCGACCUCUCGGACCACGGUGGCCCGCACCACGUGGACCUGCAGCCGGCGGCGCCCGUCUCCCCGGAGCUGGACGACGAGUCGCCCAAUGGCGGCGACAAGCAGGUGGUGAUGAGUGAGUACUCCAAGUUCCUGCUUCAGGCCCUGGAGCGUACCAGCCACAGCGGGCCCUUCCCCACGCUGGGCUCCAGCGGGCCCUUCCCUCUGCUCUCCAGCAGCUCCAGCCCCACGGGGCCCCUGUUCUCUGACAAGCACGUCUACACUACGUCCCCGCUGGAAUGCGGCUACCCACCCGCCGUCUCCUCGCCGCUGCCCGUCCCCGCCAUCUCCUCCUCCUCGUCGACCUCCUCCUCAUCAUCCUCCAAGUCCCACUACGGCAUGCUGGUGGGCUCCCCCUCUCAGCCGUCUUUCCACCUCGGGGGCCUGGAGGCGACCGGCCACCAGCAGCAGCUCACCCCAUCUCAGGAGCUCACCGAGCAGCUGGAGAAGCAGCACCACUCCCCCGGCUUCCAGCUCACGCCCCAGGAGCUGACGGCAGCCACAGGAGCCCCCAAGGACCAGGGGGCUAAAGGUGACGGCACUAACGGCUCAGGCGGCUAUUCGGACCUGGACGUGCCCAAGGAAGUGGACCUACGGGCCACCUACCAGAUCGAGAACUUCGCUCAGGCAUUCGGUUCCCAGUUCAAGUCGGGCCGCCGCACCCCCCUGGGCUACAGCGCUGACCCCGGGGCCGAGGUCGACCACAGAAUACGGACUCCCGUGUCAGAAUUCUCAGGGUACACCAGUUUGUUAGCUGAUGUCAGCGAGCCAGUUAGUACAGGAUCGAAAACCCCGACAAGCCAAAGUUUCAGGUAAGAGUUAAAACGAGGUGAACAGAGUCGCGGGGGGUAUUUCUUUUUUCCUGUGUCCCUAUUACCCCUCUUAAUUUUGUUCUUGUAGCGAGGUCAAUUUUUUUUAAAAACACUGCCAUUAAAUGUUGAUAACGAGAACUCUACCAGGGAAGGUCUUCAAGGCCUCAAAUGCAAUUUUUUGAUAUUCUCUUUUUUAACUGUUCAGUCUUUAUUUUGUUAGUCUAGUCGGUAUGAAAUGAACAUACAGGUAGAUAUUUUAAUGUCAUUUAACAAAAACUAGGGGGUAGUUAUGAACUUGCUUGAUAACUUUUCUUUCUCUGUGAACCCUUGUGUUUUACCAAUCAUCAUACAGUUGUAAAGUCAAAAUGAAUGAUGUUGAUAAUUACAAUAAUAAUAAAAGUUUGUGGCAGGGAAAGGCCCAGAAUUCAAAUGGCAAAAAAAGUUAUAUAUUGUCUGUUACAAGAAUCUUAUUACUCAGGAAUUUAGGCAAAAUUGUGUAAUAUGGACAACUUUGUAUUAUGAGAUGCAAUUAGCACACUUUUUACAGGUGUACUUUGAGACUACAAAGCUUUGUUACUAUUUAUCCUUCGAGGAGGGUGGGGGGGGGACAAAAAAGACUGCAACAAUUUCAUCGGAUCUUCCUGUUUUUCCUUUGUUGUGGUCGGCGAACAACCCUUUCCGCUCCGUGCAGCUGAGGAGAGAUUACGGUACUUCUGUGUCAAUCUAAGAACGACCCCUCACAUUUGAUCUCUAUAAUGGGCCACAUGUAAACCCGCUGAAAUGGACACCUGGGUAUUUCUACACAUGAACCCACGGUGCACACAGUCCAGCCUCAACAGGGUUCAACACAAGGACCCUUUGUGUUUUAUAUAUCUGUCAUGUCACGGGAUGAUAUCCAGCCAAGCAACCCUCCGUCAGUGGCCCGACAGGAACAAAUGCACUGGCCCCAUUAGUGACAUUGAAACAAUCAUACUGUUGCGCUCUUUUACCGCUUUCCACUCCUGGCUGUUCUUUUUCUUUUUUCUUUGUCAAUGGAAAUCAAAUAAGCACUUUUGAAAAGCAAAACUCAUCAUUGAAACGGACAAAAACAACAACCUGACUACAUUAAAGAUGUGCAAAACAGUGAUUUUCUUUUCUAGGAGAGAACUGUGAACAGGGGUGGGAUAGGGUGGGUGGUUCUUGUGUUGGGCGGUUGUACGGGCGUGACCAUGGGCAUUUCUAUGUGUUUUUGUUAGUCUUUUUGACGGUUCGGUCAGGUGGAGGGUUGUACCAAUGCUGAUUUACCAUAACUGUAUGUUGCCCAUUCUGAGAGCACCUCUUUGUAUUUAAUUUAGCUGUUUCCAGAAGGGGCAGAUAAAAUGCUGGAACUUUCUUUUCCUUUUUUUUUUUUUUUUUUUUUUUUUUUGAAUUCCCACUGAUAUUUUAAGACUUUACUGGAUGCAAAAAUCAAACCAUUUAUCUGUUAUUUAUUUUUAAUCUAGCAAGAAUUUAUUUUUGCUGAAUGUUUUGAAAGUGCAUGAAUUCACUGUACCUCAAUCUGUCUUUAUCCUAUUAAAUCAGGCCCUAUAAAGAAUAAUCUCAGCGAUACUGGCUCAACAUUACCGGAUAUAUAUCUCCCCAAAAUGCAGUUCUUUACACUUUGCGAGAAUAAACAAUGGCCUUCUUUGUCUUCCGCGGCUCAUGCCAUUUUCUCCCGGCAGCCAGGAUUGAUAUUCAAUUUAGUUCAUUUCCUGUGUGCCCCCCUCCUCUUUCCUAUGUCUGAGAGCUUCAUAGCCAAUAGACUUUGAAGCUGCUCUGAUCACAGGGAACAAAAGCUCGACCGACUGGUCACAUCACUCCAAAACAUACACUAUGCUUAAAGAGGAAACGAGCGGGAGAUGGAGAGAGAAAAAGCGAUAGGAUUGACCUAAAUAUACCUCAUAUCACUGUUGAAGCGUCACAAAGCAGGGACACGUUUCAUGUAUGUAGUGGAAAUACUUCUGUAGUAUAGGUUAAACAUAUUGUAUAAUCAUGUAACACCGCCUGUGUUUACAAUUAUAGAAGAGCAGUUGAGUCGUUGAAAUGCAAAAUGUAUUAUCUUAUUCUUAUUUUUGUCUGUAAAGCAUUCACACCAAGCAGUGUUGCAUUCUAGAUGCCUCAUAGUCUUUCAUUUUCUCAUGUCGUUAUAUCCCUUAUUUUUGUUACUUGCCAUAAAUGUGUUUUGAUAUGAUCUCUAGAAGGAUAUUGUUUACAAAAAUGUACAAAAACACUAAAAAUGUGUGUUCAUUUUUUUUGAGUUUCUUCCAAUAUGCAUGAUAUGAUGUUUUUGUAUGGCUUUUUUCUGAUUGUCACCACAACACCAAAUUUUGUAGCAGAUGCAUCCCUGUCUUAUUUGUUCUAGACCCUUGUGAUAUGAUUUCCAGGGCUGUACCUGUUAUUGAAUUCAUAAACUGAUUAGAGAAGCCAAUAAAAACCUUUUUUGUUACAAAAGAAA